CAGCAGCAAAAAGAAAAAAGAAAAAAUAAAAGAAAAGAAAAAUCAAACGCCAAUUGGCAAAGGUUAGUCCUGCAACUCACUCGGUUGCCUCAGUGACUAGACCUCCAAUUCCCUGUAAUAUAAGGGAUAUUCCGUAAAAUAAUAGCUUGAUUGGGAGCAGAUUGAAAACUAGGUGAUAAACAAGAAGAGAUUAAGAGUCAUGGAGAACAAAGAUGGUCAUGAAGGUGCACAGGCUAAUCAACCUUCUAGUUCGACAUCACGUCGUCGGCAAAGGGAAGAAGAGGAUUCAAACCAGUCAAAUCAACGUCGUUGGACAGAUGAGACAUCAACAACAGAAGACAUCAACAACAGUUCCAACACAAGUUUCAGUCUGGAGGAUGCUGAGAGGUAUGUCGAGGAAGCUCUCCAUAUAGCUGGGCAGAUGGAUAUGAUGCAAAAUCAGAUGGAGGAAGAAGAGAGUUCAGUUUCUAAUGAAGGAUGGAAUUCAAACCAGUCAAAUCAACAUCGGCUAGUAGAUGAGACAUCAGCAACAGAAGACGGAAACAGCAACAGUUCCAGUUCCAGCCCAAGUUUUAGUCAGGAGGAUAUUCAGAGGCUUGCCGAGCAAGCUCUCCAGGCAGUUAGGCAGAUGGAUGCGAUGCAAAAUCAACAAGGGACGAUUACGAUUAUUGCAGUAGGUGUAUUAAAUAUCGACAAUGCAGAUGGAUCAGUUAGAACUAUGCCAUAUACUGUGAGAUCUCCGUUGUCUUUAAAUAUAGAUGGCAUGAGUUAUGAGGAACUAACGGCACUGGAAGAAAGGAUUGGCAUCGUAAAAACAGGAUUAUCAAAAGAUAAUAUCUUAAAGCAGCUGAAAACAAGAGUUCACACCACAUCUGGAGACUCGAUGGGGGAGGAGGAGACUGAGAUUUGCACCGUAUGUCAGGAUAAAUAUGAGAACCAGGAUAAGAUUGCAACUCUUGGUUGCAAACAUGAAUACCACCAAGACUGCAUAACAAAAUGGUUGGUACGGAAGAACCUUUGCCCUAUCUGCAAAGGACAAGCUCUGAAAACCAUGGAAGAAAGCAAAAAAGAAGAAGUAGUGAACGAGUGCUAGAUAAUAUGUUGUUUUUCUCUUCCGCAAUAUUGCAAGUUAAUCUUAAACAAUUAUUGAACUUGUUAAGAAUAUGUUCUGCUAGAG